AGGGGGACUGAAGGCUCGGAGACAGUGGACGAAACUGACUCACGCAGCCCGUUUUUUCCCCUCCCAGACUCCGAACCAGACCUGCAGCACGACGAGGACCAUGCAGAACUUUCCUCUGGCUUCAUCCUGAAUAUUUCUUUCAUUUUGGGGCUAUAAAGUGUCUCAUUGAGCAUGAUGGUGGCGGUGAGUUGAGACAUCCCGAGUGUCUUCGGGGACGGGACCAGGUGUUCUCCCACAUUUUUGGUACCUCCUGAAAAAAAACAAAACAAAAAAAAAAACAACAACAACCUGCAGACAACUUCAGAUGAUUUCCUGUUUUCCGCCCUCGUUUUUACCCGACCCGGCUCCUUCUUCCUUCCAGUCGUUUCCCACUUGAUUAGAAACAUUUCUAUCUGGGAAGGGGACAAGAAGAAGGCAUCAAAACAAUUCAGUCCACAAGGAUGCGACUUCAGCCCGGAGUCUGGUAGUCGGUCCACACAGCUGCUGCCAACAUGUUCAGGCGAGGUUAUGGCGGGGUGGAGUUACUGUUGGUGCUGUGGGGCCUGGAUCUCUCCCUGCCCUGCCCCCGCCACUGCAUCUGCUACACUUCGCCCAGCACRGUUUCCUGUCAGGCCCACAACUUCCACGCCGUGCCCGAGGGCAUCCCGGCUCAGAGCGAGCGUGUCUUCUUGCAGAACAACAAGAUCCAGCGGCUACUCCGCGGCCACUUCUCGCCCACCACCACCAUGCUGUGGCUGUACUCCAACAACAUUUCCUACAUACAGCCGUCCACCUUCCACGGCUUCGACCGGCUGGAGGAGCUGGACCUGGGGGACAACAAGCACCUAAAGGCCAUCGCUUCCGACACCUUCGUGGGUUUGGGUCGGCUCCAUGCCCUGCACRUGUACCACUGUGGCCUGAUCAGCCUGCCCCCAGGGAUCUUUGCUCGCCUGCAUAACCUGCAGUAUCUUUACCUGCAGGACAACCAGUUAGAAUUCUUGGAAGAUGAUCUGUUCAUUGAUCUUCUGAACCUCAGUCAUCUCUUCCUGCAUGGGAAUCGACUGUGGAGUCUUCGCCAGAACACUUUCCGAGGCCUGGGGGUCUUGGACCGGCUCCUUCUCCAUCAGAACAAAAUCCAGUGGGUUGAUCGCCAGGCCUUCCAUGACCUGCGGCGUCUCACCACCCUUUACCUGUUCAACAACUCCCUCACAGAGCUGUCUGGCGCCACCAUGACCCUGCUGCCGGCCCUGGAGUACCUGCGUCUGAAUGACAACCCCUGGGAGUGCGACUGCAAGGCUCUGUCGCUCUGGGACUGGCUGCGACGGUUCCGAGGCUCCACUUCGGAUCUGAUGUGCGUUUCUCCGCCYGAGCUGGCUGGGAGGGACAUGAAAACGUUAAAGAAAGAGGAGCUGCCCAGCUGCUUGUCGAGCGAGGGCCACGGAGGUGGGGAGCUGGAGCACGGCGAGUCUUUAAACCACCUGAAUCGACACCGAAGUCAUCACAACCACCACCAGAGGCCGUACCUUCCCCACGGGGACCAGUACAGCCUGCCCUCGCCCGCACCCCUGCCACGGCCGCCCAAGGGGAGCCGCAAAAACUGCACUCGCCGGGGUCGCAAGGCGAAGGGGGGGAUCAACGAGGUGCAGGUGCUUCUGGAGGGGGGUGAGAAAGACUAUUCUCCAGACGGAGGGAAAUAUGACAUGAAUGGAAACUCGAGAAGGAGAAACAAGUGCAUCCCCAGAACUUCUGUUGGUCCACCCAUUGGGGUUCAGAGAGCCAACAACAAAGCAGGGUCACGCUCAGCAGGUUUUACUUCCUGUUUCUCGUCGGCUUUGCUUCUCUUAUGUUUUGCGAUCCUUCGCUGACACAGACGUUGUACGUUCUUUUAUGUUUGUGGUGCAACUUUACGACUCGUUCUCCUGAAACACCGURGCCCGGCAUUUUAAGGAGACAUAAGCACGCGUGAACGUGACUGUGUACUCUAAACACUGAGUGUUUUUGUACCGCUGAAGGAAUCCAUGAAACCCACUGUUUCCAUGAUGUCAGUGAGGGAAACAACAGGGAAACUCUUCGUCUCUUUCACAUCAGUCACCGAAUUUAUGUCCGUGCAAAAAAAACAUGAAGCCAAUAAUUCAUUGAAAUAAUAGCGACCGCACAAAAAAKACAAGCAUCCCAACAGUGAAUCCUCUUCACUCUGUAGUUCUUCCAGCACAGCCUUGAUCUGUCACUCACACUGAGGCAGUCCUUUCUAUCUGUCUCUGCUCACUCAAUAGCACCUUAAGAUCAAGAAACAAAGUCCUGCAGACACAAGAGGCAGUGAAAUGUAUCAUUGUGAAGGGUUUUAGCCGUAAUGGCUGUAAUCACUAUCAGUCUGCUGAUAAAUUGGCUCUUCUCUCGCYUCUCGUGGCAGCUUUAACUCACAUCUGUAUCCUCUGCGUCCAGCAACUGCCACUGAAAAUGUGACACGACAACAUAACUGCCAAUCCUUCACGCCGAUCCUGUUGAAAAGCUGUCAUUUGUCCUCAACUUUGCAUCCCAACUUAGAAGCCAUUUAGAGCCAUCCGGUUGUGCUGAAAGCCAACUGGUUCCAUUCAGCGUAAACGAGUGUGUGAAGGUUUCUGUACGUAAUCUGUUUGUGUGACUGUGGGUGUCUCAACUGAAGAAAAAAAUAUAUACACAAAAGCCAUGAGGGUAGAAUGAAGCUAUACAGAAAGAGUGCCUAAUGGGAGCCCUUCUCCAAUAAGAACAAACUCUAGAGGCAACAAACUACUUAUUUCCUGACUUUGCAGGGAAAUGGAGGCCUCGUAUACCAGCAGGCCAAGGAACAGCCUGGCCUCCUGACUCAUCAAAACCAAUAUGCACUUUUCUCAGUAAUGCUGUGGAAGCUAUACACCCAGACUGAUCACUCAAUCCAAAUGAAAUCACAGGAACAUCUCAUGAACUUAGAAAUGUGYAGAAUCCCCUGCAAAGGUCUUGAAUGGAUCCAGCAGAGGAAAGCAGAACUGUAAAACUUCUAAACGUCUGUCAUCARCCCUGAUGGAUUUUGUUUGCUCCAAGACAGAUGGACUUGAUGAUUUGCAAGCCUGAUUGCAGAGUUGGAUUUUUACUGCUGCUAAAGUCUGAAGAGAGGAAAAAUCCCACCCAUCUCCUCGGGUGGGCUCGGGACUCUUUAAAAAUUCACAAGGACAAAGGCAAAAGAGAGGACACAGUGCUCUUUUUAGCCUGGAGGACUUUAAGCAUGCUCAUCCCCUGACAAAUCCUGAUCAACCACCUUCACAACUCACCACAAACCUCUAACCCCAUUUAGUCCAGGGUCUUCUAAUCCCAGAGCUGAGGAGCAGAGAUCUCGGCUUUGCCUUUCGACGUCACCAUUUUUUUUCAGUGAAACUUGCCCAAAGUCUUAAGUGCUCASUUCCAAUAGGUGAUUCCUGUACAGAUGCAAACGGGUUUUCUGAAUACUUUAAAGCAGCAGUUCAGAUGAUUAGAAGUGGGGAAAAUGUACAAAGUAAUAUCUUACCUGUUGUAGAUAGCUCUUUGAAUGACUUCAGUGUUUUAAAAGCAGAACUCAUUGCAGUCAUGAAGACAAAAAUACAAUUAACAAGAAAGAAACAAAACCUCUCAAAUGCGUGUAUAAAUUAUAAAUUUACAAGUAAAAUUUAUGAAUGACUGACAAAUACUGUAUUUAUUGGCCUAUGGAAACAGCUGAAGUGACUGACUGAAAAUACGUCAACAAGCCAUUGAGGAUUGUGAAGUCCAACAUUUGUAAUGUAUUGGUACAUAUUAAGUGUCAGAAUUAAAAGGGAUUUGGUUGUAUUAUUUCAAAGUUGCAAAUUAACAUAUCUGGAAACUACUAGACUAAACUCGAACUUUACCAUUUGUGUCYUUCAGGAUUACAAUUUUUAGGUCUGAUUUUAGAGUUUGAAAGUGGAUAACUACUGUAUUUAUUCAUGUAUAAUAAUAUAUAGUGGAUAAUACGACCCCACCUUUUUUGAGCUUAAAAAGCAUAAAAAACUGAAUCCUCAAACUAC